AUGGCCGUCCUCUACCCAAAUCUUUUCAGCGUGCAGCUGGCUUUGCUGAGCAGAUGGAUGUUCAAGAACCAACAGGCCCUGAGGUUCAGUGCAAAGCUACGACAGCCGCGAGAAGUACCACUCGAAGAGAAGUAUGAGCACUGCGAGACGGUCUUGAAGCUACUGGAGAUGGAAGGCAUUGCCGGAGCAACGAUUGGAACCAUUGGAAAUGGCCUGAAUCAGGAACAACGUAAAAGGUUGACCAUUGGUGUUGAGCUCGCCAGCAAGCCCGAACUCCUGAUGUUCUUGGAUGAGCCCACUUCAGGGCUUGACUCUGGAGCCGCUUUUAACAUUGUUAGAUUCCUCCGCAGACUCGCUGACGCCGGCCAGGCCAUAUUAUGCACCAUCCAUCAACCCAGCGCCGUGCUUUUCCAGCACUUCGGCGAAGUUGUACUACUGAAGUCGGGCGGUCGAAUUGUAUACCACGGCGAGCUCGGCCGUGGUUCUCGAAAGUUGCUAGACUACUUUGAAGGUAACGGUGCUAAGAAGUGCCCGUCUAAGCAGAACCCGGCGGAGUAUAUGCUUGAGGCGAUUGGCAGCGGCAAUCCCGACUACGAUGGCCAGGAUUGGGGCGAUACCUGGGCUGAUUCGAAAGAGAAGCAGGCCCGCACCCAGGAGAUCGAGAGAAUCAUCGAGGAAAGACGCAAUGCCGCAGUCUCCGACAACCUCAAGGACCAGCGCGAAUACGCCAUGCCGCUGACUGCGCAAAUAUAUGCGACUACCUACCGCAACUUCGCAGCUUACUGGAGAAGCCCGGAUUACCUCGUCGGCAAGUUCAUGCUUCACAUCUUCACCGGCCUCUUCAACACGUUCACUUUCUGGCAUCUGGGCAACCCACAGCUGGACAUGCAAUCGAGGCUCUUCAGUAUCUUCAUGACUCUCACCAUUAGCCCGCCUCUGAUCCAGCAGCUCCAGCCUCGCUAUCUGAACCUGCGCAGCAUAUAUCAGUCGCGCGAGCAGAGCUCGAAGAUAUAUAGCUGGGUAGCAUUCACAUGUGCCGCGGUACUGCCAGAGCUGCCUUGGUCAUUCCUCGCCGGAACCAUAUACUGGGCCUGCUGGUAUUGGGCUACAUGGUUCCCACGCGAUACGUACUCAUCGGCAUCGAUGUGGCUGUUGGUGACACUAUUCGAAGUCUACUAUGUCAGCUUCGGUCAAGCCAUCGCUGCCUUCUCACCCAACGAACUGCUAGCGUCGAUUCUGGUGCCACUAUUCUUCCUCUUCGUGGUGUCGUUCUGCGGCGUUGUGGUGCCAUACCAGGCGCCCCCGACCUUUUGGCGGUCAUGGAUGUAUUACUUGACACCCUUCACGUAUCUCCUCGAGAGCAUGCUGUCAUUGGUCACGCACAAUGUCCCAGUUGUCUGUGAGGAUACUGAAUUUGCAAGGUUCAUGCCGCCUCCUGGCCAGACAUGUGACGCUUACGCUGGACCUUAUGCCACUCAGACUGGUGGAUACGUCACAACGCCUCAGGAUGGCUUCUGUGGGUUCUGCCAGUAUGCCAAUGGCGAUGCCUUUGCUGCCUCCUUCAACGUCUAUGCACAGAACAUCUGGCGCAAUUAUGGCAUUUUCUGGCUUUUCUGCGCAUUCAACUUUGUGGUUGUCUUUGCCGCGUCUUGGUUGUACCUGUCAGGUGGUAGUAAACUUGUGAAGAAGGCAAAGUCAGCCAAACGAUGA